AUGAACUACUUGCCGAACCUAAUCACAUAUUCUGCUACCACUAGUAAUUACCCGCCGUUGACCCCACAUGUUGAUAUAGGAACGGCAUCUCUCUCACAUUCACACACACAGAGCGAGUCCGCUCGCGAGCUCGGAAAUCCUAUACGAGUUAUAUUCAAAAAUACUCAUAUGCCCAAUUACUCGCACUAG